AUGGCAAAGGAUUCGGAUCCAGAUGCCCGCGACCCUGACCGAGCCGUUACAAACACGCCAGCCGCAGCAUCCCCAGGCUCUCAAUCCAUGCUGUGCCAAAAAGCAUUUCAAAACCGCUACUCCCUUCCGGUUCCCGUCCCUGAGCGCUCUGCUUACAUGGCCUAUGAAAGUGCACCUCUUCCUUCUGUAUCUUCCGCCCCUCCAAGGCUUGAUGCUCUACCUGAUUUUGCGCUGAAUGGUUGGCAAAGAUCAUCUACCUUCCGUGAUGGGCUUGAGAAAGCCGUCAAUGAUAUCAAUACCAAAUAUGGAGAUUCCACCAAAACAUUGGUUAAUUCAACCUCUACCAUAAACUCUGUUGCAGUUCUCGAGAAGAAUCUUCCGAAACCUAGAUGUAUGGUACCAAUUUAUGGUGGCACAUCCAAUGCUCGGCCAAUCAUUGGCGAGCUCUGGACUGCACUGAAGUCCCAAGAGAAAACUGUGAAAGCAUCUACGACACUCGACGACGAUCCGAAACAGAAAGAUGACGAUAGUGCAUCUCCUUUCCACGGUUCCCAGAAAAUCGAUGCUGAACCCAACGAAUCUGAAACCGAUAAUCUCGCCAUCAUGGAGACUGUAGAUGAUGCAAAAGAGUCGACAAGUCAGUCCGCCGCCACCCCUAGAUCUCAAAGCAAUACCUACAUUGCGAAGGUUACAGGCAAAUCCACUGAUGCCAGCUUGAAGAAAAGCGACUCCCGUUCUGACGAUACCGAGUCCAAUGAUGCUCAGGUGGAACCCGAUGUCAAGUGUCAAGACAAGCCUCCUGUUGGUCACGCUGAAGCUGCCUCAGCACUCGAGUCAAUUGACGAGGAUACCCUGCACUUGAAAGAGGCUGACAGCGCGUCUGCUCUAUCACAAAGCACGUCAUGCGAUCUAUUCUGUGCCGCGACCAAGGCUAGUGCAGUUUCCGAGGCAGAUCCAGAAUAUGGCCCGCGGCCAACAGAAGCUACACGAGGAAGAAACUCUUCAGCACCUUCUGUGGCUGCUCUCGUAAGCAAGUUUCGACGUAUGGAACAGCCACCUGAGAAUACCCAUCACUCAGAUGGCACUCAAGAGCAAGACGAAGUAUCGGUAGAUUCCAAUUCGAGAUUUAUCCAGUCAUAUCGCCAGCGGUCCGAGGAUACCGACAAUGAGAAUAGUCUACUGUCGACUGUAAGCAGUGAUAAUGCCGGCAAUGAGAGACCAAGCCUUGCGGUAUAUUAA